AUGGCGGCCUCCAAGCGCCCUAUGUUCCUGCGGGUCGCCGGGUGUUCGUCCGUCGCCGCCGCCAGGCUCAGGCACAGCCUCCGCCUCCUGCCCUGCGGGGCGGGCGAGCCCGAGCUCAGCUCCGAUUCCCAGCUGGACGGCGAUAGCGAUGCCGAGCUGGAGCUGGAGCUGGAGUGCCGCAGCGAGGAGAGCGAUGAGGAGCAGGGCGCCGGCGCGCCCCGGCCCUCGCAGCCCUUGCCGCGCUCGGCGGUGGCCGCGCUGCUGGAGCGGUGCGUGGCGGCGGGCACCGUGAGCCAGGAAACCUUGGAUUUAACUUGCAGAAGAAUGCCAUGCUUUGCAAAAUUCGCAGAGAUGGAAGAAAUGGUAAACAUGGAAGCUGAAAUUAAUGAGAUAAAACUGAAAACUGAAAUGCUGCAGUUGGAGAAUGAGACAGCAGACAUUACUCACCAUUUUUACUUAGGGAAAAAGUGCGAGAUUUUGCAAGAUAUGAACAGACACCUGGAAGCCAUACUGAAAGAGAAGAGGGAUCUCAGAAAGAGGUUGCUCAAACACAGAUGUCAAGAAAGCCUGCCUAUUGAGGCUACUUAUCACAAAUCUAUAGUAGAGUUGUUGAAUGAGGCUGUGACUUUCAUUGAGAAGCUUGAAAGCCAUUUGCAGUCUGUGAGAAGCAUCCCUCAGGUACCACAUAUGAUGAACAAUAUGGACGCCACUUUGUCGAAAACAGAGCUGCUCAUGAUAGAAUUGAGGGAGCUGACAGAGCAAAUACUGAAAUGGGAAGAACUGCAGAAAGAAGUGUAUUCUAACAAUGUAUACAAUACUGCUGACUUGGACUUUGGCUUAUCUUUAAUCUAACAAAUCCUUUUCCUCAACUUGGAUGACUACUCAAAGAACUAUGUUCUUAGAGUCUUCUGUGAAAACUGAAAUAGGUCUCUUUUAAUCCAACAGAGUCUUUGUAGGUAGUUAUAUUUCUGUUAUUAAGUAACAGUUCUCCAACUAUUUACUAAAAAAAAGGGCAAUGCUCAUAGGAAGAUAGGCUACCAAGAAACCUGUUAGAGUUCCUUUCUGGAAUAGUUUGAUAGGGGUCCCUUGGAGCCUAUAUCUUCAAUGGAAAAUUGUUUCAGUUUUUUUUGCACUUUCUAUAGUAUCUCAAUUCAUUUUUGUAAGCAUCUUGAUAAAACACUGUAUUUUGUAUAUUGCCAUAAAACUUUAAUAAAAGCACUAGAUUUCAAAAGGUCAGUUUCUUCAGCUUUUAAUUUUGUUACAAAAUCCUAUCAUUAAAAUUACGGAGCAUAGUGUUAGGUCCAAGCUUAUGCUUCUAUAGGAGUUCCAAUCAAGAAAUUAAAUAAGUUUUAAAUUACAGUUUAUUAUGACUGAUGUGGUUUUGUGGGAAAGCAGGAAAUGGACUUGCUAAUAUAUGACAGAUCUACUGAUUUGGAAACCAUGCUUCAAUGGUAAUGAUAAAUAUAUUCUUCAGAUUCUCUUUUUCUGUUGCUUGCCCGAUUUUCAGUGUCCCACUUAGAAUAAAACUCUUGUUCCAUGAGUAAGAUUGACAGUUUAUCAAAACCAUUGAUUGUCCCAAUUUGUAGC